AUGACCCCUAAUCAAAUCCCCGAAGGUUUGACCAUGGAAGAAUUCUCCGAGCUCAGGCCUCUCAUUCUCUCCUACCACACCCCCGAGCUGCCCUCGAACACCUGCUAUUCGGUGGCGACGCAGCGCAUCGAAGCGCCGGCGGCGGCCGUGUGGGCUCAGAUCCGGAACUUCGAAAACCCUCAGAGGCACAAGCACUUCAUCAAGAGCUGCGCCCUGAGGAGAGGGGACGGGGGCGUGGGGAGCGUGCGGGAGGUGACGGUGGUGUCGGGCCUGCCGGCGUCCACGAGCACCGAGAGGCUGGAGAUUUUGGACGAGGAACAGCGCGUAGUAAGCUUCAGGAUGAUCGGCGGCGACCACCGGCUGAACAACUACCGGUCCGUGACGUCGGUGAGCGAGCUCCGGAAGAAAGGGAAGGCGUAUUCGGUUGUUUUGGAGUCGUACGCGGUGGAAAUACCGGAGGGGAACACAAGAGAGGAGACCAAACUGUUUGUGGACACUGUGGUGAAGCUGAAUCUCCAGAAGCUUCGGGAUGUGGCAAUGGCAUCUCUGCAUGGAGGAACGUAAAUGGUAUCAUGAAUAUCAUU